GACCCAAAAUUAUUGCAAGGUCUUCCAGAAGAACCUGGAAGCCCAAGAAAUCUCCUCUACAGUCUCUUACACUCUCAACCUCCAUUAGCUUUCACUGAUUCGACAAUGGAGAUGGCCGCAGAGUCAGUAAUUAGGACGUCACUGGCUUCCACUGCGUCUUCAUUCUGCAACUUCCAUGGCUCAAGAACGCCGGCGCGCAUUUCUAACGCUGCCGGCUCCCAGCAUCGGCGACGUCGCUGCAGCAGCAGGGUUCAGUCUCUCACUUCUGCUUCUCUGUCUGAAUUCUUCGGAAGCUUUCAGCAUAGGUGCGCCCUUGCUUCAAAGGCUCCAACUUUUUACCAGAAACGAAGCCAAAAGAGCAGUUUCUCCAUCUUCGCUAUGGCCGCCGCUGAUGAUGGAAAGAGAACAGUGCCAUUGAAGGACUACCGCAACAUUGGAAUUAUGGCUCAUAUUGAUGCCGGGAAGACGACUACGACUGAACGGAUCCUCUACUAUACUGGUAGGAACUAUAAAAUUGGUGAAGUACAUGAGGGAACAGCCACAAUGGACUGGAUGGAACAGGAGCAGGAGAGGGGGAUUACUAUUACUUCUGCUGCAACUACUGCUUUUUGGAACAAACAUCGGAUUAACAUAAUUGAUACUCCUGGCCACGUUGACUUCACCCUUGAAGUAGAACGAGCCCUCAGAGUUCUGGACGGUGCUAUAUGCUUGUUUGACAGUGUUGCUGGUGUGGAACCUCAGUCGGAAACUGUUUGGAGACAAGCUGACAAGUAUGGAGUGCCUAGAAUAUGUUUUGUUAACAAAAUGGAUCGUCUAGGAGCAAAUUUCUUCCGCACCAUAGAUAUGAUUGUAACAAACUUGGGUGCUAAACCACUUGUAAUUCAAAUUCCAAUUGGUUCAGAGGAUAACUUUCGAGGAGUUGUUGAUCUUGUGAGGAUGAAAGCUAUAGUUUGGUCGGGGGAAGAAUUAGGUGCUAAGUUUGCGUAUGGGGACAUUCCUUCUGAACUUCAAGACCAAGCCGAAGAGUAUAGGGCAGAGAUGAUUGAGGCCAUUGUUGAGUUGGAUGAUGAAGUGAUGGAGAAUUACCUGGAAGGAGUCGAACCUGACGAGGCAGCCAUUAAAAAGUUGAUUAGGAAGGGAACCAUCUCUAGCACUUUUGUCCCAGUAUUGUGUGGCUCAGCUUUUAAGAAUAAGGGGGUUCAGCCAUUGCUUGAUGCAGUUGUGGAUUAUUUGCCUUCUCCUAUCGACUUGCCACCAAUGAAAGGGAGUGACCCCGAAAACCCAGAGGUGACCAUUGAAAAACCUGCUAGUGAUGAUGAACCCUUUACUGGCCUGGCCUUCAAGAUUAUGGCCGAUCCUUUUGUGGGGUCUCUCACAUUCAUAAGGGUAUAUUCGGGAAAGCUUGCUGCAGGGUCUUAUGUUCUAAAUGCAAACAAAGGAAAGAAAGAGAGGAUUGGCAGACUUCUGGAGAUGCAUGCUAAUAGCAGAGAGGAUAUCAAAUCAGCUUUUACUGGUGAUAUUGUUGCCCUUGCUGGCCUAAAAGAUACAAUUACUGGAGAAACAUUGUGCGAUCCUGACAGUCCAGUUGUGCUUGAACGGAUGGAUUUCCCUGAUCCUGUUAUAAAAGUUGCCAUUGAACCCAAGACCAAAGCUGAUAUUGAUAGGAUGGCAGCUGGACUUGUCAAGCUUGCUCAAGAAGAUCCAUCUUUCCAUUUCUCUCGUGAUGAAGAGACUAAUCAGACAGUCAUUGAAGGAAUGGGAGAAUUACAUCUUGAGAUUAUUGUUGAUCGGCUCAGGAGAGAAUUUAAGGUGGAGGCUAAUGUCGGUGCCCCACAAGUUAACUAUCGCGAGAGUAUUUCCAAGGUCUCAGAAGUGAGAUAUAUUCACAAGAAGCAGUCAGGUGGGCAAGGUCAGUUUGCUGAUAUAACUGUGAGGUUCGAACCCUUGGAAGCUGGUAGUGGAUACGAAUUCACAAGUGAAAUCAAGGGAGGUGUAGUGCCAAAAGAAUACAUCCCGGGUGUGAUGAAGGGACUAGAAGAAUGCAUGUGCAAUGGAGUGCUAGCAGGCUACCCUGUUGUCGAUGUUCGUGCGGUAUUAGUUGAUGGCUCUUACCAUGAUGUCGACUCGAGCGUUCUGGCAUUCCAGUUGGCUGCCAGAGGGGCUUUCAGGGAAGGGAUGAGGAAAGCCGGUCCACAAUUGCUGGAACCCAUAAUGAAGGUUGAAGUUGUCACGCCAGAGGAGCAUCUCGGAGAUGUUAUUGGUGACCUCAACUCAAGGCGAGGCCAGAUCAACAACUUCGGAGAUAAACCCGGUGGUCUCAAGGUAGUUGAUGCAUUGGUGCCACUAGCUGAGAUGUUCCAAUAUGUGAGUAGCUUAAGAGGGAUGACAAAAGGGCGUGCAUCCUACACCAUGCAAUUAGCCAAAUUUGAUGUUGUCCCCCAACACAUCCAGAAUAAGCUUGCAACUAAGCAGGAAGCUGUUGCUGCCUAACCCCCCCCACCCCAUUUUUGGUCUAUUUAUGUUAUGUGCCAAAUUGCCAAUCAAAUUUUGUGACAAUCAUAUACCAAAAUGCAAUCUUUUUUUUCCCCCA